UUAUACAGCACUAAACACACACACACACACACACACACACACACACACACACACACACACACACACACACACACACACACACACUCACGCGCGCGCACUUAAUUAAUGUAAUUCCCAUGUGUUUAAUUUACCGCUUUAUCACAGACAUGACGUCACAGACAGGUUGUGUGUUCUUGUGUGUGUUUAUCACCGCGGUGAUGACUAAUGUGUUGGCCGAGCGCUCGUUCACUAUUGACUACAGUAAGGACUGUUUCCUGAAGGAUGGACAGUGUUUCCGUUAUGUUUCUGGCAGUGUUCAUUAUUCCAGAGUCCCUCGUUUCUACUGGAAGGACAGACUGAUGAAGAUGUACAUGAGCGGCCUCAACGCCGUUCAGGUCUAUGUGCCCUGGAACUUCCAUGAGCCAGUACAGGGCAUGUACAUCUUCCAGGGGGACAGAGAUUUAGAGUAUUUCCUCCAUCUGGCCAAUGAGACGGGCCUGCUGGUGAUCCUGAGGCCCGGGCCGUACAUCUGUGCUGAGUGGGAAAUGGGAGGUCUGCCUGCAUGGCUGCUCCACAACUCCAACAUUAUCCUGCGGUCAGCAGAUUCAGAGUACAUGCAGGCUGUAGGUGAUUGGUUGGCUGUGCUGCUCACUAAAAUGCGCCCGUGGCUCUAUCAGAAUGGUGGGAACAUAAUCAGUUUGCAGGUGGAAAAUGAGUAUGGCAGUUACUUUGCGUGUGAUCAUAACUACAUGCGGUCUCUUCGGCUGCUGUUCCGGAACUUUCUUGGUGAGGAUGUGGUUCUGUUUACCACCGACGGAAACACGGAUAAAGAGCUGGCAUGUGGAAGUCUACAGGGGCUGUACGCUACCAUCGACUUUGGGACUGAUACAAACAUCAGUGAUGCGUUUAUCCGUCAACGGAGAUUUGAGCCCAAGGGCCCUCUGGUGAACUCUGAGUUUUACACAGGUUGGCUGGACCACUGGGGAGACAAUCACACUUUUGUCAACUCACACAAAGUCAGUAAGACGUUGAGAGACAUGAUGGACAUGGGAGCUAACGUCAACAUGUACAUGUUUGAAGGAGGGACAAAUUUUGGUUACUGGAAUGGGCUGUGUUUGACUUUGGGUGCAGACCAUGACACAAGGUUCCGUCCUGUAGUGACGAGUUACGAUUAUGAUGCUCCGUUAUCAGAAGCUGGAGAUCCCACUGACAAACUAUUGGCCAUCAGAGAUGUCAUUAAAGACUUUUAUGAUAUUCCAGCUGGACCGAUGCCACCAGCUACACCAAAGAUGGCAUAUGGAUUUGUAAGGCUGGAAAAGAUCGGUAAUAUCAGUGGUCUGUUGGAGAUCUUGUCACCUCAAGGACCUGUCAAGUCUCUAAAGCCUCUAACGUUUGAGGAGAUCAAACAAUACUAUGGAUACGUGUUGUAUCGGACGCUGCUGCCACGGGACAUUCCGGAUCAAACACCACUCAUCUCACCACUGAAUGGCGUCCAUGACCGUGCCUAUGUCUCUGUAAAUGGGGUGUAUCAGGGUGUGAUGGAGAGAGACAUUGCAUUGGUGGUGAACGUGACCGGGCAUGAAGGAGAUCAGCUGGACCUUUUAGUGGAGAACAUGGGCAGAGUGAACUUCGGCCAUAAAAUCAACGACUACAAGGGCAUCUUGGGAAAUCUGAUCCUGGGUAAUGACGUGCUUUCUGAUUGGCUGAUUUUCCCUCUGGAUAUUGAUGGUGUCAUUGCAAAUGGCUGGCUGCAGUCAGGAUGGGAGGCAGAUGGGAAUGAAGGAGACGUUGGACCAUGUUUCUAUUCUGGCACUUUAAAACCCAACGGAAUCUCCAGAGACACCUUCAUCAAACUUACUGGCUGGACCAAGGGUCAGGUGUUCAUUAAUGGUGUUAAUGUGGGUCGGUUCUGGCCAGAACGUGGUCCUCAGCACACACUGUAUGUUCCUGCAUCAUUAAUCAGUGCCACAGUAACCAACAACAUCACUGUGCUAGAGCUGGAGAGAGCAGCCAAUCACAGACGAGUGGUGUUUACGGACCGCCCACAACUUGACAAUGUGGCUGUGUAAAGCAACCACACAAACACACAACCACACACACACACACACACACACACACACACACACAAAACCACACACAAACACACACACAAAACCACACACAAACACACACACACACACACACUUACCUACACGAUAUAUUAAUAUCCUUACACCAUUUUUGAAAGAGCUACAAAAUUAGAAAAGUGACCCUCUGCUCUUUUUGGUGUGUGUGUGUGUGGGGGGGGGGGGGGAUGACAUAAUUAUAAUGUGUGUGUAUAUGUAUAUUGAACCCAAUUCCCCCCUGGGGUUAAAUAAAGUAUUCUGAUACUGAUA